AUGAACCUGAUUCAUCGUCCAGGAAAUCCUGAAUCCAUCCGACUUCGCUUCGCUGACGUGCACGUACAAAGCACAAAAGAUCUCGCUGUCCACGAUGUAUCGGAUACCAAGUUCUCACGUCGGAGCUGGUUCGACGUGACAUUUCAAUCAUACGACCUGGACUCGAUGCCGUGCCUCGGAUGGUUAUUUGUCUACAUUUUCGUGCUCUUCUUCUUCUCCACCAGUCGAUGUCUCGCUCUCUCAGCGUUGCUCGAAAUGUACGGAAGCCCAAAGGACAACACUGUGGUCGUCAAAGCUUUAGCGCUGAGCCUCGGAUUUUUGGAAGACGUUGUCUGUGCCACUUGUUUUGCGACGGUAUUGUGGCUCUUCGAUACAUUGCGAUACUCAUUGACAAAGUGCUUUUGGACACCUAAUGGAGUGGCAGUCGGAAUGGUUACAGUUAUGAGAGCUAUUGGAGUUGCGGCAACAUUUGUGGUCUCGUGGCUUCUGUGUUUUGCUGUAAUGGCACCCUAUUUCGCAGACCUAUUUCUCGUCGUGUGUCAACACAUGAGGUUCUCGUUCGGCUUGUGGACUACGUUACUCCGAGAGAGAGACCACCUCAAGGCUGCUCCAAUAUCAACGCAAGAAGUCUAUGCAGCGUACGGAACUGCGGGGUUCCUCAUUGCUAUCACUACCCUUUUCGCGCUUGUGCGUGCGUUACAUAAAUGGGCUGAUCUAUCUAUAUGGAACCCAACGCAGCUUCUGCAAGUCUCUGUGUCUUGGUUGAACAUGAAAGUCAGUGUGAAAACUUCACCAGAGGUUGUGGCAGGAGGAUUGAAGUUUGAAGCGGUGUGUUUGGAAGAAGGAUUCACAGACAGCACUACGGCUUCAAAGACCAGCAAAAAAGGAUUGUCAUCGCGUGACGGAAACAUGCAACGGAGACUCAAGUACAACCCUCUUCUGCAAGCUUCUGGCGUUUUUGUGGGGCUUGUGAUCCUACCGUCGAUGGCAAUUGUACUGAGUAGCGUAUGUUCUCCUCUGGUCGCGUAUGCAGCGCUAAACGCGACACUGAAUGAGAUGUUUGGUCACGCGUUCCAACCUUCACUCAAAUAUGUAGAGCCUCCAAAUGCCGGUGGCCAACAUCCGUGGACCGAUAAAUAUAUCGACACCUCAGAGAUACGUGAGCUCUUUGGAAACAAGACGCUCUAUCGUCGUACUUUAGGAUUUCGAGGGGACCUCGCAUUUAACGUCAGCAUCGACCUCGCAAAUCCGCCGAAUGUGCUGAUCAUUGGUGUCGAGUCGUUUCGGUUUCGCGAUUCACACUAUCUAGUGGGAGAAGAGGACCCGUCAGAUCUGUACAGGGGCACAAACAUGACGAUAACUCCGAAUUUUGACAAAUGGGCAAGACGCGGUGUGGCACUACGCAACGUUUGGUCGAGUUAUCCCACAAGUCGUUCUUUGGAAAGCAUGCUAUUUGCUCAGGUUCCUUACCAAAGCAAUGUGAAGACUGGUAUCACUGGAGGAAGGAACACUACGAAACUUUCAGGUGUGCCGCAGCUUUUUGCCGAGAAAGGAUACGAAACAUACUUUACUACAGGAGCUUCUAUCGCCCUGGACGACUGGAGCGUUUUUCUCCCUAGUCACGGUUUUAAUACCGUGUGGGACGUCGAUAAAAUAUACGCGUUGGCAAAAAAAACGAUCGGUCUUCGUCCUGGUGACCGGUACGGUCCAAUGCACCGAGGAUUCUACUGGGGUUUUCACGACGAUAUCAGUUUUAAACUUGUGGGAGACUUACUGGUGAAAAAGAAUCGAGAACAGAGGGAGAGGUUGGCUCGAGGAGAGCCAAAGAAGCCCUUAUUUUUGACGCAUUACACUAUCUCGAGUCACGGGCCGUUCACCUCUUGGCCAAGAUGGUAUGAAGAUGUCGACAAGCCUGAUUUCACCCAGUUGUACGAAGGAGAGAAGCACGCUGAUCGAAUAGGGAAUUACAUGAAGGUGAGGUACUUUACAGAUAUGGAAUUGGGAAAGUUCAUGGACCGCAUGGAGACGGGAGGUGUACUCAACGACACUAUUGUUGUCAUCAUGGGCGACCAUGGUCAGGGGCCUGAGAGUGACUUUGGCAAUUCGAUUGAGGAGUCGAUGACACGUGUGCCAGCUGCUAUCAUUGCCGAAGGCCGCCUGGGCGAUGAUGUGGGGACUGUGAUAGACGACGCUGCAGAGCAUUAUGACCUUCUCAACACGCUUGCCGAUAUCACAGGGUUGCCAGGAGGAGGAUUGGAGCAAACUGGGGUCGGGCGAUCUCUCAAGCGCAAAAUUCCAUUUGGUGAACGAGUGGUGUAUAGCAAUGACCCUUUGCGGAAAAUGGCAGUUGUCCGUGGUCAUCAGCGCCUUCGAUAUGACGAAGUCACCGAGGUGAUGAUGCUGCACGAUACUGAAACUGACUACCACAUGACUACGGAUUUGCUGCCCGGAUUGACCCCUCAGGAGCAGGCUGAAUGGAGAAAUUUGCGAGACGAUGGUCGACACAUUGCUGCCUAUUACAAAAAGCGCUGGGAUGAGAAUUGUUUACUAGCAGUCGACUGCAUCCCAUGA